AUGAUGGCACCUCCAACGACUGGACUUCAACUUGCUGAAAUUCGUGCAAAUAAUGAUGAUGCCGAGUUAGAAGCACCUAACGAUGCCAGCACUGAUACGGUCCCUGAGCUGCGUCCAACAACACGACAGCGUCAAAUCCUGGUCCUCAUAUCUAGCUUCCUAACCAUAUGCAUCACAAUCGGUUUCAAUCAAUCCUACGGAGUCUUUCAGAACUAUUACAUCUCACCUACUCAAACAAUGCUCCCCAAAUCAGCCAGGAAUGAUAGCGCGCUGGUGGCUUUUGUAGGGACGUUAGGCUCGGGCCUCACGUGGGGUGGGAGUAUUGCUGUGAACCCGAUUAUGGCAAGACUUGGUGUGAAGGGCACCAAGGGGUUGGGAGUUCUCGGAGUGUUCUUUAUGAGCUUGGGAUUUGGACUUGCGAGUUUGAGCACACAGGUUUGGCACCUCCUCCUAACGCAAGGUCUCCUAUACGGAAUUGGGUCUUCUCUUCUGUAUUUCCCUAUUCUCAGCGCGGCUCCGGAAUACUUCGGUGCGCACCGCGGCUCCGCUAUGGGAUUCAUCCUUUCGGGCGCAGGAAUCGGCGGUCUCGUUUUCUCGCCCCUAAUCCGUGCCCUUCUGACAUCCAUUGGUCCUCGCUGGACGCUGCGCACUCUCUCUUUACUGAACGUUGUCAUAUCCCUACCCAUCGCCAUCAGCGCCUCUCCAUCGCGCUUCAUCGGGCGAAGACCGACACAUGUAGAUCUCAAGCUCGCCAUGAAACCCGCAUUCCUAUUCAGCGUCGGCGCAGCAUUCUUGCAAUCUGGUGGUAAUGGCUUGCCUCUCACUUUCCUGGCCGAAUACUCAGUAGCGCUGGGAUAUUCGGCGGGGUUUGGUGCGACCCUGCUUGCGAUUUCGAAUGGUGUCAAUUCGAUCAGUCGUGUAGUGACGGGGUAUGCGGGGGAUAGGUUCGGGCGGCAGAAUACGCUGAUCUUAACUGUUAUCUUGUGCGUUAUCUCUGUGCUGGGCUUUUGGCUUGAGAGCACGAGGGCAGGUGGGAAUAGAGUCCUGUGGGUAAUGUUUGUGGUUUUGUAUGGUGUGGCAGGGGGUGGUUAUAAUGCUUUGUUCCCGACUACGGUGGCAGAAGUGUUUGGCUUGCAGGCUUAUGCAAGUGUCAAUGGGUUCAUGUACUUCGUGAGAGGCCUGGGAACCAUGGCUGGAAGUCCAGUCGGAGGUAAGAUUCUAGGUGAGAGUAAGUUGGGUAAUUAUAAGAACGUGGUCUGGUUUGAUGCUGCGCUCCUUGCUGGGGCUGCAUUCUGUGUAAUUGGCGUUCGCUGGUGGGAUGCGGUAGAAAAGAGGACUUGGAAAUGGAGAGCUUAGGACGGUCGAAUCUGGGGUACUCAAAUGAAUGUGCACCUCAGAUAACGAAGAAGCCAUUCAAGUCAAUCCCUGGCUCUCUCUCGAGAUAAUAUAUAUAUUCGAGUGUGC